UGUAUUAUCAGUACUGUUACGGUACCGGUGACACUUGAUAGUAUUCCGUAUAAAUAUGUCUUGUUACCUGCACCUAUAAAACUGUAAAAUAAUUGGUAACUUUACUAUUCAAGACGUUAGAACAAAUCACUUUAUUUACAACUACAAAAUUGGAUAGGUACCCUUUAAUCCUUGCUAUUGACUUUUUCAAUUUAAUUAAAGGUUUUUUUUAAUUUGUUCUCUGUAAAAUGUCUUUAAUAAAAAGUUGACAUUUAUAAUGGAUGACGCAUCAAAUGAAAAUAUGGUAAAAAGACUGCUUCGACUAGCUGAUACAGCUAUUGAACGGUCAGAGUAUGGACCAGCAUUUGUUCAUCUAACAAUUUUAAUAGAAAUGGUACCAAAUAGUAAAGAUAGUAUAAAACAUAAAUUCAUUUCAUGUUUAUGUAAUUACGGAAAACAACUUGAAGCUAAUGAAUCUUAUUCUGAAAUUUUUAAUUGUUAUGAAAAAGCUUUACAAUUAUUUCCAAACAAUGAAAUAUUACUCAACAAUUUGGGAUCUCAUCUUAUUAGAUUGGGUUACACCGAAGAAGGUCAAAAGUUUGUCAUGAAAUCACUUGAUAUAAACAAAUUUUAUCUACCUGCAUUGACCAAUAUUCAAAUUGUGCAUAGUCACUUUGUUGAACGUUGGCAUUAUAGAAUGUUAAAUGAUUCAAAACGUAAUUUUGCAUAUAAAAAAGCUAUUAGUAAUAGAAUAAAUGAAGGUUAUAAAACAGUUUUGGAUAUAGGUUGUGGAUCUCUUAUUUUAAGCUUAUAUGCAGCAGAAAAUCCAGUUGAUAAAAUUUAUGCUUGUGACUACUCUCAAACCAUGAUAAAAAUUGCUUCUGAAGUUUUAGUUCGGAACAAAAUGAAUCAUUUGAUUAAAAUAUUUAAUAUGAAUUCAAAAGAUUUAUGUAUUCCUGAUAGUAUUGAAAAACGAGUUUCCUUAGUUGUUACUGAAAUAAUGGAUGCCGGUUUAUUUGGUGAAAAUAUUCUUACUACCCUUAAACAUGCUUGGGAUAAAUUACUUUUACCUCCCAAAUCAAAAGUUAAUCCUGAAUUACCACAUGGAUGCGUCAUACCAUAUCAUGCUACAGUAUAUGCAGCUCCUAUUCAAUGCUCCUAUAUUCGUAAAAGAAAUCUAUUUUGUGGAAAAGAUAAAUUAUAUUUAAAACAACUAAAUUUAUGUUCUAUUACAAACGAACCUUAUGACUGUGAACAGCUUAAUCAAUUACCUGGAGAUUGUCUAUUCUUAGCUGAACCACAGGCUAUUAUGGAUAUUAAUUUUAAUGAUCCAUGUCAAAUAAAUAGUUUGUUAAAUUCCCAAAAUAUAAACCUAAAAAGUAUUAAAUACAGUAUUACUCAUUCAGGAAACGUAGAUGCUAUUGUUUCUUGGUUUGUUGUAAAUUUAACUGAAGAUGUAUCAAUUAAUACUCUUGAUACGAAAAAUGAAAACUGUUGCUGGGAACAAGCAUUGUUUGUUCCCAAAAGUAAUAGAAAAGUUCAACAAGGAAAUGAACUUAAUGUCCAAUAUAAAUGGGAAGAUGACCAUUAUAUUUUGAAAUUAGAAGAGGAAAUAAGUAAUUCAGUAUUUAUUCCUACAGAUAAAGAAAUUAUUUCAUUCUUAAAUGAUAAUGAUCAAGUUGAAGGUUAUAUCAAUGCUGCUAAACAAUGGUAUUUAAAAAAUAAACCACUUAAUAAUGUAAGAAUUCUAGACACAUCUCCAUUUCCAGUUUUUGGCUUGGAAAUAAUUUCUUUGGCUUCUGCUGAUAAUUGUUUUGAUGUGGAAAUGUAUUACACUGACAACAAUUUGAUAGAAGUUUUAAAAAAAUAAAACUGUUAAAACCUCAUGGAAUUAUUUUACCAGAAAAGAUUUCUAUUAAAUGUCAACUGGUAAAUUCAAAAUGGUUACCACGAGUCAGUAAAGUUAUUGAAAAUAAUUAUAGUUGUAACUUGCACAUUAGGAAUUUAAUGAAUGCCUACAGUGUCAAUCAUCAUUUGGAUGUAUUCAAACAUUUAGUAACAAAUAUUAGUUUAUCACACUGUAAGACAUGUUUAACUUUAUUACCAAAGCAAAUAUCUCGAGAAAUGUCUUCGGAUAGCAUUUUCCAAAUCAUCAACAGCGGACAGUUAAAUGUAAUCCUUUAUUAUUUUGAAAUAUGUAUCUAUAAUAGCUGUACUGUUUCUACUGACAGUGAAAAUUCUUAUGUAAAUCAGUGUGCAUUUCUCAUUGAAAAUUCAGUAAAUGUCUGUUUGGACAAUGAAGUGAAAAUUAAUACAAUGUUCAACAAUGGUCAUUUACUUAUGUCUAUUGCUAAAGUAUGAAAAAGUUUCAAUAAAUUAUUUAUUAUAUCUGUUUAUAAAA